AUGCUUUAUCUCAUCGGACACAGUAUCCUUUCUGCGGGCCUCCAGCGUCUACAGAUGCGAAGGGCCCAACGUGAACGCGCGCCCUCUUCAAAACCGAGGUUCCACGGAGGGCCUCGUUACUCAUCCCUUGCGGCGACUCCACACUUCUCGGCCGCGCGCUCCCCCUUGGCGUCCGCGGCGCGCGCACGUCACUCGUCCGCUGCCAAUCGGCGCCCAGCCGGUCAACCUCUCCUCUGGGGGCCCUCAGCGCCGCCCCCUCCUGCCUGCCGCAGGACCCAGGCCGCGGCGCCCGCCGGCCGCUUCCGCUCUCCGCGCAGGCGCGACAACUCGGUCGGAGAAAGGCGCGGGCCGGGAGGGGAGUGGACGCUGCUGGCGAGGAUGGUGCUGGAGAGCGUGGCCCGCAUCGUGAAGGUGCAGCUCCCGGCGUAUCUAAAGCGGCUUCCUGUCCCCGAGAGCCUUACCGGGUUCGCCCGGCUCACAGUUGCAGAAUGGCUUCGGUUACUGCCUUUCCUCGGUGUACUUGCACUACUUGGCUACCUUUCAAUUCGUCCAUUCCUCCCGAAGAAAAAACAACAGAAGGAUAGCUUGAUUAAUCUUAAAAUACAAAAGGAAAAUCCCAAAGUGGUGAAUGAAAUAAACAUUGAAGAUCUGUGUCUCACCAAAGCAGCUUACUGUAGGUGUUGGCGUUCUAAGACGUUUCCUGCCUGUGAUGGUUCACAUAAUAAACAUAAUGAAUUGACAGGAGAUAAUGUGGGUCCACUAAUACUGAAGAAGAAAGAAGUAUAAUAGUAAUGAAUUAGGAUUGAAUUCAGUUGUGUGCUGUAAAAUCUUAUAACAAUAUUUUUUCAUUCUUUGUGUAUAGAGGGUCUUUAAAAUGGUGGUCUUAGUGAUUGCUACUGGUUGAGUAAUUAUUUCUGCCAAUUUAUUUUCUUGCUAUACUACUGUUCAUAUUUGAUAUUUUGUAUAUUCAGUCGUUUAUAUAGAGGUUAAAUUGUACAACCCUUUCAUUCUUAAUGUAUCUUCCUGAAUAAAACCAACAGUCUUGGUUUUAACUAACUGAGAAAAAUAUGUUUUUGGUAGUGAGUCCAAAGCUAUUCCUCUGAAUUUCAAUAUUUUCUACAGAAUCUACAAUUAAAGUUUUUCUCCCUAUGUACACUGUUAAAUAUAUUAUUUUUCACUCCCCUUCUGUUUUGAUCAUUUGAAGUGAUUUUUUCCUCUUGGCCUUCCAUUCUCCGUUCUUUUCAAAUCAAUAAGAAAAAUACUGCUUUCAAGAAUUACUUGAGUUUUUAAAGAGAUAAAUGCUUUGCUUUAUAAAGACUGUGUCUAAUAAGUGUGAAUAUCCCAAUUUCCGAAAAGACAUGAACUGGAUAUAGAAAGUUCCAAAAAGGAACUGUUAUAUGCAUUAUAAAAAAUUUGUUUAAUUUAUAAAAGGCUUGUUUGUGUUUGUUUAGGUGCGUGUUUUGUAAAAGUGUCUUGAACUGACUCAGUGACAGGGUGGGAUGGGGUGGCAAGAAUACUUAAGCUCCCAAGCUGCUGCAAUUUGAAGGUUAAUUAGAAAUGAACAUAAAAAACAUCUGAAUUCAUAUUAAAAUGAUAAAUUAGUGUUCAAAAUCCUUUACAUUUUUCUCUUUAUAACAGUGUAAGCCAAUAAAACAUAAAAUACAAAAAGGUUGCAAAAUAAACUUAUCGGAGAAUCUUAAAACUUUUGUAAUUUUUUAGCCUUAGUCUAUUUGGUUUUAUUGUAUAUUAUAGUUCUUACAUUAAUAGCUAUCCUUAAAUCUGUCUAUUAAAGGUACAAUCCUGUCA